UAGCGUCCACUUGCAACAAGUUCACCGCAAUUUGGGACAACUUGGGACAACUCGACUGAAUAUUCUUCGUACGAUUGGGCAAUAUUUUGCUCCUUAUCGCGUAUUUGCGGAACUUCCAACGAAGAAGGCAGUCUUAUUCGUCCGGUGGGUGCUUCUGCAUACAUACAGAGCCGUACAGCCGAAACGCUAACCAGUAAGGGUCGAGGUAAGGGUGCUUCGACCAGGCAAAUUAUUUAUCUUGCAAGACCUGCCUUGUGCAAAGUUCCAGCCAGUGGUCACAUGGUGGAUUCGUACCGUAAGCGUCCGUUUGGAGCGUGGCCAUCCCUCUCUCAUAGGCCGGGCAAGCCGGCCUGUUGUAUUAAUCCUCGCAUGAAGCUUCUACAACAUGUUUCUUCGCUAUCGACGCCGGUGACCCGUCGGGCCUUUGCUACAACCUCCGCGUAUUGAUCUGCUUGUCAGCUACCUUACGCGGUUCAGCUUCACUUCGUGGUCAACCGAUUCAUCGUCUAGCCGCAAUCCUCCGUGAGGUGCAAGUCGGGCGUACUGUCACUCACGCGAUGACGUUCCAAUGCCUGCUACCACUCGCCGUUUUGCCAAAGUCAGGCGGAAACGGUGCCAUUAUGACGUAUGGCCGUGUACUUGGUGAGAGAAGAAGCCGUCUCCCAUGGGUAGAAUCGUCCACAACCUCUCAGAUGAACUUCGGAUCCUAAUGCCCGCAGUUCCGUCGAGCGCACACUCAAGUACGGAGCAUAUAUACUGCAACUCUCUCGCUGUCACAUCAUCGACAUUUGCACUCUCACCAUGGAACAGACUCAUUUUCUACUACCCCAACUGGAUCUCAGACUCACCGCCGGACUUCUUGCGGCGGCCCUGCUUGCUGCAUGGGUUGUUCCUUUUCUCAUUGAUAGAUAUCGCUUGAAAGGAAUUCCCGGGCCUCUGCUGGCCAAGUUCUCCUGCGUCUGGCUGGCUUCGAAAGCGUAUAAAGGCACAAUGUCGUCUGCGGUCCAUGUACUGCACGAAAAAUACGGACCUUUUGUUCGCAUUUCGCCUAAAUAUGUCUCGAUUGCCGAUCCUGAGGCACUGCAGGCGAUCUACGGCUACUCCUCUGGCGCACUCAAAACCGAGCUCUACGACGCUUUUGUGUUCUUUCGCCCUACCAUGUUCAGUACCCGUUCUCGGCUGGAGCACAGUCGAAAACGGAAGUAUACAGCUCACGCCAUGUCGAUGAAGUAUAUAAUGGAGUUCGAGCCGAACGUACGUGAACACCAUCAUAUGCUCGUAAAGCAGCUGGACACUUUGUGCGCCGCCGGAGCUCAAGGCAAAGACGGUAUCCUUGGAACACGCCCCUGGACCGCCAGAGAUGGCUGGGCUUGGUUUGACUGCAUGCCAUGGUUUAAUUACGAGACUUUCGACAUCAUCGGGGAUUUGGCUUUCGGUGCGCCCUUCGGCAUGGUGGAAGCGGGGAAGGAUACUGCGUCCGUGCCGGUGUCCGAGAAGCAGGCCAUGAAGUUCUAUGGUCAGAAGGGAGCAGAAAUCGAAUGGUCGACCGCUCCAGCGAUAAAGAUUGUCAACGAGGCCGUACCUUGGGUCUUCUUCCUCGGCUGUCUCCCUCCUCACGUCCGUCCGCUGUUGUCGAAACUCCGCUCGUUUACGACCAAAGCGUCCGCCAGAGCCCUGGUGAAGAUCGCGGUCGCCGCCGUCUCGAAACGUCUGGCUACCGGGGUUACGCGAAGAGACUUCCUUUCCCACCUCAUCGCGGUUCGCGAUGACCAGGGUAGGCCGCUAACCGAACAAGAGCUGACGUCUGAGGCUAUUAGCCUCAUCGUCGCUGGCUCCGACACGACCUCGAGCUCUAUCGCGGCCAUUGCUUAUCAUGUCGCGCGGAACCAAGAUGUCCAAGCAAAACUUCAAGCCGAACUAGACGACGUUCUCGGGGCCCCCGGCUCCGAUUCCAGUACCGACGAUGUCGUUGCACCCUUCGAUCGCGUCAAGAACCUCACAUACCUGCAAGAUGUCAUCAAUGAGGGCCUUCGUGUCCAUUCUACGCUGGGGGCCGGCUUGCCCCGCGAGGUCCCAGAGGGCGGACUGACCGUUGCAGGAAAGACCCUUCUGGCUGGCACGCAUGUCAGCUGCCCCUCGUACACGCUGCACAGGCUGAAAUCGAUUUGGGGCGACGAUGCGGAUCAGUUCAAUCCCGAUCGGUGGACUCUAGGCGACAGAAAUGCAAUGCUCAAGUAUUUUUCACCCUUCUCAGUUGGCCCCAGGGCUUGCAUCGGUAGAAACCUUGCAAUGAUGGAGCUGACGAUCUGCAUCGCCACGAUAUUCCAUCGCUAUCGCGUUGUCCUCGCCAGUCCCGACCAGCGGGUGAGUCAGCUGUUUAACGUGUUGGAUAAGGACGUUGGGUAACGUGUAUCUUUUCUGGACUAGCUCGAGUGUAGCGAAGCGCUCUUGCGCAAACCGAAGACUAUCCCUGUCGGUAUGCAGCGGCGAGUCUGAUGGCCUUGCAGGUCUAAACGCUUGAACGCUGCCGAGCUUUUCAUGUCUGGGUCUGCCAAAGAUCUAAUCCCAGUAGUAGUGGUUAUUGACGACUGCAGACUAUGCCUGAACGUAGCAUUGUACGUGUCAUCUCGAAGAAUGGACAUCUUCGCUCACGAGAUUUUGUGCUGCCGCGAGUGCAAAAAUUCAAGCUGGUUAGCAAGGAACCCCCGCCAAAAGUGUGCAAGUUCUGUGCGCCAGUGCCGCGGGAGUUAUCUUCACAUGACUAGCCGAUAACAAUAAGCGUCCAGUACCAUCUACGAACUGUUCGGCCACACGAGAUCUACUUUGCUCAAAGUUCCGGGGAGUGGUC